AUGGACAGAUGUACCAGAAUGAGUGUGAAGGAACUGUGUGAGACCAAUGACCUGGCAACUGCUUUGGUGUUGGACCCUCUGCUUGGCUUCAGAACCCAUAAAAUGAAUAUCAGUCCUCUACCAGAGAUACAACAUUGGGGUAAUCUCAAAGAAACUUUGGUGCAAUUUGAGAAUACACAUGACUUCAACAAGACUUUUGAGGCGCUGACAAAACUGGCUGGUGACUGUUUUAAUUCUCUGGGAAGCCAUCAUCAAGACCUACUGAGGGAACAUGUUUAUCGCUACUUCAGUGCCUUCCUGUUGGACAGUGGUGUCAAGAUAGAGUCCUGUGCGAGAUACUCUUCAGAGACCAAUGGAGCAAAGGUAACCUCUACAAGGCACUGGUUUGCAGGACAACGUAUUGAGGUCUUGCUGGGCUGCAUAGCAGAGUUUAGCCCUGCUGACAGCAAUGUUCUGAAGGCAGGAAUCAAUGACUUCAGCGUGAUGUAUUCAAUGCGCAAACAUUCUGCUCAGCUGUGGCUUGGGCCUGCAGCUUUCAUAAACCAUGACUGUAAACCAAACUGCAAGUUUCUUGCUAGUGAGAAGAAUAUCGCUUAUGUUGAAGUGAUUCGACCAAUCUCACCUGGGGAGGAGAUUACGUGUUACUAUGGUUCCAGCUUUUUUGGGGAUCAAAAUGAAAAGUGUGAAUGCUGCACUUGUGAAGGGAAUGGAGAGGGUCAUUUCAAACACAGAGGGAAGCAGCUCCAUUUUGAGGAAACAAAGGACCCUGUGAGCAAAAAGUACCAACUGAGGGAGAGAUAUCUUCAUCUAAAAAGAAAAAGAAGGAACAAGCAGAUUUCUGGACCAGCUCUGAAAGGUCAGCCAGAAAGAAAAAUGUCCAGGGCCCAGAAAAGGCAGGGAAGAAGAACGGAGAUCUCCACAGCUGAAGGUAACAGAAGGGGCAAAUAUUUUUGA